AUGUUACAAAUAGAUAAGCAAACACGUCGAGUAUUUAUAAUUGGGGGAUUAAUUCGAUUUUUAUUACCAACAAUAAUUUUCCCCCAAUUAACAUCAAUAUUAGAUUCAUCAAUAUUAUUAUCAACACCAAUAACUAGUUUUAAAUCAAUUCAAGAAUCAAUUUUUUAUUUUCUUUAUAAUAUUGAAUUAUAUAAUGGUGGGGUUAAUCAUACACCACCGAUUUUAAUAGUUUUAUUAUCAUUUUUAGGUAAUAUCAACACUAGUGUUAAUGGAUGGAAUAAAAUUGGGUAUGAUUUAUUAUAUACUGUGAUUGAUUUGAUAAUUGCUUAUAAAAUCAUCAUUAUUAAUCGAUGGUAUAAUAAUUAUCGACAACAAAAGAGAAACACCAACAAUAAGAAGAAAGAAGGAGUAGAAGAAGAGGAAGAGGAGGAGGGGACUUCUGGGAAAUUCGAUGAUUACUUGAUUGGUUGUUUUUAUUUAUUUAAUCCAUUGAUUAUUUUAACUAAUUUAAGUCAUUCCAGUAUUAUAUUCAGUUGGAUUUUUAUUAUGGAAAGUAUUAUACAAAUUGUUCAAUAUGAAAACAUUGCUAGAUCUAUGAUCUCCUUAGCUAUUGCUAGUUAUCUUUCUUUUAGUCCCAUUUAUUUAUUACCUAGUAUAUUAGCAUUAGGACAUGUCAUUAUUAGAGAUAAAGCUAUCUCGGCCAAGCAACAACAAGAAAAGAAAGAGGGGGAGGAGGACAAGGAGCAAACUAAUGUGAAAGAUUUGAUUGUUAAAUUAUAUGUUGAAGGAUUAGCCAUUUUCAUAAUUUGCGUGAUAUUAUUAAUUAUGAUCUCAUUCAUUAUCACUGCAAGUUGGCAAUUUUUAGAUAAUGUAUAUUUAACCAUUAUAUUAUUCAAAAACCCAAUACCUAAUAUUGGAUUAUGGUGGUAUAUAUUCAUUGAAAUGUUUGAAAAUUAUACAUCAUUUUAUUUAAUUGUUUUCAAUGUUUACACUUGGAUUUUCAUAUUACCAUUCACAAUUCGAUUUUUCCAAUACAAAAACAACAAAAUUACAUCUUUACUUGGUGAUUCAUUUUUAGCAGUGAUUUUAUGUCUUUGUUGGAUUUCAUUUAUUAAACCAUAUCCUAUUCUUGGUGAUUUAGGCAUAGUAUUAUCAUUAUUACCGAUUUUAAAUGAUACUAUUGUUCAAUAUUGUAAAUUAAAAUAUAUCACUGGGAUGACAUUAAUUAUUGGAUUAUUAUUGGCACCAAUAUUUUAUUAUAUUUGGAUUGUUUUAGGUACUGGUAAUGCUAAUUUCUUUUAUAGUAUUACUUUGAUUUGGGGUGCUAUACAUGGAUUGAUUUUAAUGGAUUUGAUUUGGACAAAAUUAACAUUGGAUUAUUAUAAUGAUAAUGGAAUUGAUAUUAAUGGAGAAGGUGGUAGUCUUGGUCUUAGUUUAGCUCAAAUAUAG